CUUCACUGUAUAGGCAUUUUAUAGACUAGAGCAUAAACCUAACCGUAUGCAAUUAAAAUUGUGCAUCUUCGAAGAAGCACCAUUAGACGAGAGGUGGAAAUAGGCAGAAAAAAUUAUUCAAACUUGAAGAAUUUUCAUCAUGGUUGGGAUUGUGCCAAAGAAAGAGGCCUGUGGGGUGGACUUCUGUGGUGUUGAUGAUGAUUACUAUAUCGUUCGAUCUGACUUGAAUUGUUACAUGAGAUGUAAAAACUUCAAUGAGGGUGAAGAUAUCAAUAUUUUUAGCCUCCACCCCUCGUGUAGAGAUGGUGACCAUUAUGUGGCGCAUAAAGAUGAUUUAUUUUACAUCAUUAAGGGCAACAGCUACCGUCGAGUCACUAAUAUGAAUAAAGACGAAGAUGCGGUAGUCUACACACUCCAUCCCAACUGCCAAGGUGGAGACCAUUACCUGUCAUCUGGUGACUAUUUUUACAUCAUCUUCCAGAACCGAGGUGUCUAUCGCCGCACCAAGAACAUGAACGAAGAUGAAGACAGUGAAGAAUUUGCUCUCCAUCCAAACUGUAAAAAUGGCUUGUACUAUUUUGGAAUCAAAAAAUACUACUACUUUGUGAAGCCCCAUGAUGAGUGGGGGCUGCAGUACUAUAGGAGCGGCAACUUCAAUCAGGAUGAAGGCAGCGAAACAUUUUCUUUUCAUCCUUCUGUCAUUAGCUUUCUCCCAGGUGGUUUGGCCAUUACCAAAGGUUCAUCAUUUGGCACAUGGGAGUGCAUAAAAACCAUUUCCAACGAUUCUGACACUCCAGUCACCUGGACCAAGAAGAUCACCAAGAAGGUUGGUUAUGAGAAAGAGAAGAUGUCCAGUAUAGAACACAACUGGAAAAUAUCUUUGGAAGUCAGCAUGGAAACUGGGGGCUUGUCGGCUCUAAUUGCAAAGUCCCAGUUCUCACUCAAAACUGAAUAUGGGGGAUCCUCAGUCAAUACAGAGAGAGAAAACUGGACCCAGGCUACUGAGGUGGAAGAAUCAUUGAGCAUCACAUUGCAGCCCAAGAAAUCAAUGUAUAUCUGGCAGUACCAACUUGGCAUGGGGUCUGAAUCAGUUCUGCACUGUCGUGAUACCACGGUUAAGAAUGAUUCAACCCCACCUACAGAUAAUCCACUGCCCCCAGCUUAAACAUAGCUUUCAUGGUUCUCCUAUUGGCUGUUUAGGAGCGAAGACCUCAUCUCAUCCUAUUCUAGCUUUCCCCCAUUACCGUAUAUAUAAAAAAGAAGCAAACAUUACUGAUGCAUCUGGUGCACACAGAUAUAGGUAUUUCAAUUUAGACUGGCCAUAUUGUUUAUGUUGGCACAUUCUUUAUAGAUAGCUGCUGCAAUAAUACCCACAAUCUAUGACCCUUGGUGGUGUUGCAUUGAACUGUGAGCCCACUUAUGAUACAACUUGGUGACUGGACCUUUAUAAUAAGUUCUUGUGCAAUAAAUCAAACAUAAAGAUUUCUAGCUGUGAUUCAACUUGGUGACUGGGCCUUUAUAAUAUGUUCUUAUGAAAUAAAUCAAACAUAAAGAUU